GAGGUACGCCGUCGUUCAUACAAAUCAUUUCACGCACCCUUGGGAAAAUCGAAUGCAGACGCUUAUCUAAAUUUAUGCGGAAAGAUACUGAAAGGAGUAAAGCUUAAUUCCAUUUCAUCGCUUCGCACAUCAAUUACCAUUGUCAACAGUAGCUAACAAUAGUGUGCACGGUAAAGCGCAGGAACUCGAGAAAUUGGCGGAAAACUCUUUCGAAAGUGUUCUGGUUGACUUGAUUUGUUGCUACAGCAUGCUGAGCACAAUGUCUGUUGGCUCAUUGAUAAAUUAGUCUAAACAAAUUUUGGCUACUAGAAUAUCGUCGUGCAACAACAACGACUCUAAUAUAUCGCAACCACAUUUGCUUUGCGCCACCUAGACAAGUAACAGCUUACGGACGUACACGAACUCAAAGUGGCUUAAACAGCCAUGCAUAACGCAAUGUUUCCUGGCACAGCCAAAUUUCAAACACGUCCAGCAUCACCUCAAUUUGCAAAUUUUUCACCGCCACUCGACUAUCCGCAUAACAACGGUGCAACAGUAGGUAUGCCCACAGGCGCCACAGCACUCGGCCCACCCAAUUCGCAUCAUAUGUCUAUGUCUAUGCGUCAUCCUAAAACCAUGUCAAGCAAAACAAGAUCCAAUGCUGGUCAUCAUAUGGUUAAUUCAAACACUAUGGGCAUGAUGGCCGGUGGUAUCGGUGGUGGUAGCCUUGGACAUCAUCGUGGUGAUUUGAUUUUUCCAGAUGAGACAGACACUAUAGAAUUUUGCAUGCCACCACCACCGGCUACAGGGAAUGGCAUGUCACCAGGCAUGAAUGGUGAAUUGUUAUUACACAGCAAUAAUGGAUUUUGCAAUGCUGAAGCAUUUACAGAACGACGUCGCCGUGGUCAGAGUCGACGCAGCAAUCACAAAAUGGAUGUGGAGCAACAGGUCAAAUGGUCACGCAAAAAUAUUGCAGCCACAAUGGAACGAUUCGAGCCAACAAAUCAUUCGUCCUCUUCGACUUCUUCAUUGGAAUAUGGUUUUGCCGCUGGCGUAGUCACACCAUCAACAACACCUUCACAUCAAUCUCAAGUGUCGCCUGUACAACAAUCGUACCCGUGCAGUAGUAAUAGCAUGGCGGGUGCUGCCGCUCCCAUGAAUCACAUAUACUCUUAUGCAUACUAUGAGCCGGGUGCUGCUAAAUGCCAUACGAAUAUACCGAUGAAGGAUGGUUCCAUUCCAGCUAUUAUACCUGCUCCACAACCAAUUGCAGGUCCUUCAAAAAGUCCGCCACGAAAUUCUAUACGUGCUUUGUUGGCAAAGGGAUUCCGUUCAAAAUCUAAUAGCGGUCAGUCAACAUCAUCUUCACCUAGCGCGGAUGAUCGUCAUACCUACACUACACGUUAUGGUACCACAGAAAAUCUUUAUGAAGAAGUAAGUGAACAGAAAAUACGUAAAGUGCUCUCUGAUAAUCGCAUAGCAAGUUCGAAUGGUAAUGUCAAAGAAGAAUUACGCCGUGUGCAACAUAACCACUUUCGCGUUUUGGAUGAACUUAAUUUAAGUUUAGAAGCUUUAAUUAUGCCACCAACUCCACCGGAUGUCAGCCCCAAUCAUGUGGAUGACGAUGAUGAACCCACCACCAGCGCAGCAGCAGCAGCGGCUUUAUCAGCAACUACUACAACUGGUGCAGCAGCAGCAGCACAACGACCACGUCGAAUUGGUUUGCUUGGUGGUGCCUCUUCGUCAUCAUCAACAUCUUCUCAACAACGUACACUAUCACAUGCCAGUUUGGAAAAUCUUUCUACUACACUUAAUUCAAUUGAACUAAAAGAUCAUGCGCAUAGUUCUUGCAUAAAUCCUGAAUUUGAUGAAGGUGAUUUAGAUAGCGGCUUCAGUGGUAGCGGUAGUAGCAGUGGUGCAAGCUAUAAUGAAAGUUUACGUUACUAUAAAACAGGUACAAACCAUAUGCAAACCACUACUUUGCCACAUAAUCUGAGAAGUUGUCGCUCAUCAACUGCUUCUGGCACAUCAACCUCGAAGAGUAGUAUGGCUUCGUCAGAGGAUCAAGGUAUUGGUAUGAUGUCUGCUAUGGGUGGAUGUGGUAUAACAGCUGCGACAGCUGGUAAUAGUUUAAUGACAUCACCAUUCAAUUAUGCACGACGUUGCUCUGAUACACAACGUGCUUCGGCACGUUCAGCAUCGGCUACUUCUGCGACGGGCACGAAACCAAAAAAAAACUUUUGGACGAUAAAACCGUGAUGCUAUAGAAAGGCGCUACGUAGUUUUUGCAAAAAAUGGAGUAUUGUGGUGGAAUAUAAUUCAAAGACUGCCUCAUGCCAUGUCAUACAAUAUCGUUGUGCAAAUUAUACAUCACGUUAUUUAAAUGCCGUCGAAGAAUGUUGUCGCCCCAUUUUUCAUGAUCGUUACGAUUGAUACUUAAGAAAUAUUGCCACAAAAAGCGUUUGGGUUUAAAUUUUAAAUAAUAUUUAAAUAAAUUUAUAAACGCACCAUAAUAAACAGUUCUUCUUCAGCACCUUUAAUGAAUUAUUGAAUGUUGUUGAAUUAAGAAAAACAAUCUCUUACAAAUUUUAAUAAA